AUGGCUAGCUAUCUGACACCAUCAAACCCGGAUCCACUGCCGAUAAAAUAUUCCAAACCCCUUGUCCCGCUGUGGCAAUCUGAAGACGAGGCCUACGAGCAGCGGUUGCGCUCCAAUAAACGCAAUAGAGCUGAGGGUGGCAUUGGCCACGACGUUUUCAAACGCAUCUCCGUUGGCGCAAGUGCAAGUAGAAGUGUAGGAAGGAUCGUGGUUGAGCGUAAUCCUAAUUCUCCCAAGUCUCAUUUAGAGCGUGGUAUGAAGCUUCGUGUCCUCAGUGAUCAGGGUGACUCUGGCACAGACGAUGAUGAGCCCCGAUACCGUCCGCGAGCGAAGAUAACGUCCCGUAAAACGACGACACUUCAAACCGGGUUGAAGAGAUCUGCUGCUCGAAAGAUUGAGAUCAAACCCGCCACUUCUUCGAGUGAAGAGGACAGUGAUGUGGAUGAUUUUUCUGCCCAGUCUGAGUCUUCGUCGCGAGAGGAUGGUGAAGUUGAGGCGUUAGAAAUUGACCAUUUGGAUUUGGGUGCAGUGUACAACGACAUCGAUAUGGAUAGGCAAAGGCGAAACCCUCUUCCGUCAACAGCCAUCCUAUAUGAUACCCCUCCCAGAAUUACGAUACCUUUGCCGCAGUUAGGACUUCAAAGUCCCCCUGAAUCGUUGAUCGUCGCAAUCGAGGCCCUCUCACUUUCUUGUAGGUCGUGGACGAUCAAAUUACUCAUCCCAGAAGUCCCUAAAAAUGAUAAUGACCCAAGCCCCGCCAGAUUUCCCCACAACCAAGCGUCAGUAUCGCCACCAAGGCAAUCCUCUCAAACGAACGCAAUCCCAACGACCCAAUAUUCAGUAUCUUCAAAUUAUACGCCCCCGGUACGACCUCGAGAUAGCCUGUUUCCAUAUGUAACCCUUUCGCCUGCCACUCCCACGUCACCUACCCCACAGGAGCCACGUAUCCCUCCUUCGGAACGCGACGGAGCCAAUGCAAAACAACCGACAUCCAUCGAAUCACGCAAACCUGCCGCGCGCCAGAGCGCCCAAGGGGAAGCAACAAGGGUCUGGCAACCUCAACGUACGCAAGGAACUAGCGGUUUGAACGCAGAUGAGAGCGAUGACGACACCCCGCGAAACACCGGAACUAAGCAAGAAAAGAGCCAGGCUACCAGACCCACAAAUAUUCCACACCAAAAGCCCUUCUCCCCUGAAAAACAUCCUUCUCGCUUGGAUGGUACCACACCAUCAUCUUCAAGAGCGCGCUCAACGACAGUAAUAUCAGUAACGACUGCUACAACGGAGAAAAGUGUAGACGCCCCAUACCCCUCCCGAUACCCCACGCCCCCACCACGCGAUAACCCGCUGGGCGCGGCUGCCCAGCCUCCAUAUUUUCCUGCUCAGUCUGACUAUGGUGGACCAUCAGUGUAUUACUCAUGCAGACCUGGGGGACCGUCUCUUCUAGAUCUACUAGAUACCCUACCUCUGGAACCGUUUGGUGUUCUCGAUUGGGCGGUUUUGGAUCGCGAAGACGAAAUUUUUGAGAGCGACGACGUGAAGGAUGAGUACAAGGUUAUGCAUGCGCUCUGGGCUCGGUGGAUAGUUUUGAAUCGGAACAAAUUUGUUGCCAAUUAUCACAAGGGAACAAUCGCGUUUGUGGACUCGUAUUGGAAAAUGAUACACCGAGCUGCUGGAUGGGACGCAUUGCGGUACUGGUUACUUGUGAGGAACAACUGCUCAUCCCUUUUUUAUUUAUUUAAAUGUUGGCUCAACGCUUCAUUUCUCAGUGGCCAUGAGGUUGCAGAGGUUCUGCAACAUUAUGAGAGUUUGACAGGAAUGGCAACCUCGUAUGAUUGA